CUCUACCCGCUCUUGUCCUCCAGGGUGGCGCUCACCACCUCCCCGGAACCCUCGGAUCUCCCCCUGCGGUUCCAGUCGGAAUUACCUAGCGGCGCACGCUGACAUGGCCGCGCCGAUACUAAGAGGUGUCCGUAAGGUGCUGAAGCAUGUGGACUUCGCGACGGUCCCGCGGAGACAUCGACAUAAGAAGAAAUGGGCUGCCACAGAGCCCAAAUUCCCUGCUGUUCGACUGGCUCUGCAGAAUUUUGACAUGACCUACAGUAUGCAGUUUGGGGAUCUUUGGCCAUCAAUCCGUGUUAGUCUCCUCUCAGAGCAGAAGUAUGGUGCCCUGGUCAAUAACUUUGCUGCUUGCGAUCAUGUGAGUGCUAAGCUUGAGCAGCUGAAUGCCAGGGACUUUGUGAAUGAAGCCAUCUCCCACUGGGAACUGGAGCCUGAGAGUGGCCAAUCUGGACCUCUAUCCCCAGCAUCCUGGGCCUGCAGUCCCAACCUACGCUGCUUCACUUUUGCCAGAGGGGAUGUCAACCGCUUCCCUCCUGCCAGACUUGGCAGUCUGGGUGUCAUGGACUACUACCUGAUGGAUGCUGCUUCCGUGCUGCCUGUCCUGGCCCUUGGCCUGCAGCCUGGGGACAUUGUGCUUGACCUAUGUGCAGCCCCCGGGGGAAAGACACUAGCAUUGCUUCAGACUGGCUGUUGCCGCAAUCUCGCUGCCAAUGAUCUCUCCACUUCCCGAACAGGCAGACUACAGAAGGUCCUUCAUAGCUAUGUGCCUCAAGAAAUUAGGGAUAGGAAUCAAGUUCGAGUCACCUCAUGGGAUGGCAGGAAGUGGGGAGAACUGGAGGGGGACACCUAUGACCGGGUGCUGGUGGAUGUACCUUGCACCGUAGACCGCCACUCCCUUCAUGAAGAAGAGAACAACAUCUUUCAGCGGUCGAGGAAGAAGGAGCGACAGAUGUUGCCAAUGCUGCAGGUGCAGCUUCUUGCGGCUGGACUCCUUGCCACCAAACCAGGAGGCCACGUUGUCUAUUCUACCUGCUCACUCUCACAGUUACAGAACGAGUAUGUGGUGCAAGGCACCAUUGAGCUCCUGGCCAAUCAAUACAGCAUCGAGGUUCAGGUGGAAGACCUGGCUCACUUCCGAAGGCUUUUCAUGGACACAUUCUGUUUCUUCCCAUCCUGCCAGGUUGGGGAGCUGGUAAUACCGAACCUCAUGGCCAAUUUUGGGCCUAUGUACUUCUGCAAAAUGCGUAGACUGACGUAGCAUCACCUUUUCCCUGAAGUAGGAAGACAAAGGGUAUAUACUGUGUUGGAGACACUGGAAACUGGAACCAAUGGCAGAGAUGUACUCUGGAACCUGUCUCCAUCCUGUUCGAGUUUUUCUACUGACAGCUUUCAACAGUAGGAAGUAGGAAUUUUACUAUCCUGCUGUCCAAUUGUGGAGCAUCAGCAGGUUUCUAAUUCACUGAUUACCACUCUUCCUCCACAAUCUCCAACCUGUGCUAAAGUUUGCUUACGGGCUUAGAUGAAGGAGCCAGUGAGCAGGCUCACACUUUAAGUUGUAAACUUGAGAAGAAGCAUUUAGCCAAUAAAAUUGUUGAAGCUCCAUAGAUUUGGGGCUAUAGUUGGGGGCUUCAUGUCAGUCCAAAUGCCAUUAGUUCUAUUUGUACUAGCUGGUUACAGUUGAAGUGAGCUUCACCUGCACAAUCUCGAGCAGCCAACAGGCCCAAACAAACCUACCUAGUUUCUUCAUAUGGCCCAUGAUCUAAUUUAAGGAAAAGUAACUAAAAAUGUUAAGCCAAUGCAAAAUAAUCUGCUUACUUACAUUGAGAAAGCUCUCCUGAGCUAAAUAAUUCCAGUUACUCUUCCUGCUGUCAACAGCACUUCUGCUUAAGCAUGGCUGGGGAAGCUGCUUCUGCUACAGAGCUGUCAUACUCUUUUGUGUGUUUCAUCCUUUGUUCAUCUGUCUAGCAAGUAUUCCCUGACCUCUUGUGUGACAAGGAGCUCUUGGAGGUGUAGCAGUUGGGAUUGUGGGAGAUAAUCAGGCUUCCUCACCUUUGGAAUGGCAACUCUACUCCUUUUGCUUUCUGAACACUUAGGAAUCUCCUGAUGUUUUGUUAUAUUCCAGAUUUUUAUUCUUGUUUCUAGUCUGUGGCUGAGCUCUGGUACCUGUUCUUUGGCCCACCCCCAAUCUCUCAGAGCUCUUCCCUUGGCAUCAAAGGGCUUCACUGCACACAGUUUGUGUUCAGGGGCAGCAUUGCAUCGUUUACUGAUUGUAUACUAAUUAUAUUGUUUUUGUAAAUUUAGCCAAAAGAAGGUAACCUGUAGUGGCAGGAAUAUUAAAAAUUGUUCAUGGUCAUUUGCAGAGUUUUUUAAUUAAAAAGAAUUUUUUUUCCUGAGAAACUGGUCCUUGUGCAGAAAAGGGUGUGUAACUUUAGAAUACCUGAAGGCUUCUUGGCUUUUCUCAUUUUCAUUAUUCCCUGUUUUCCUCUUCCUGCUACUACUUUUGUCCUUUGUGCCUUUCCUGCUAAUCCUUAUUUGGGUAUUAGAGGUGUUGAUUGAGAAGGACUUUAGCUGAGAUUAAGCCUUCUCUUGGGAUUUGCAUGGUAAUUCAAGGCCUUGGAAUACCUUCCAGACUCAAAAUCAAGUGAACCGAGGAAGAUGGAGCUCCUGGGAGCUUGGCUGGUGCUCUGAGUAGGACCCUAACCAACCUCCAUUUGUGGCAUAUAGUCCCUGCAUGCUGUUUACUCUGCACAGUAGUUAGUAUUUGCUGAGGCUAGGAGGCCCCAGGUGCCUAGGUUUCUACCCUUGUGCUCCUGGAUAUCCAGCCUGGUGCUAAUUGAAUGCUGAGCAGUGGUAAUUCAAGAGGAGAGGGCCUCUUGUCCCCAGAGUCAUAGUCUUAACUGGGGACAGACAGACCCAGGUAAGAAAAGCGGAGAACUAUUUUGAAACAUAAUUUAUCUCCUGUAAUUGAACAUUCAGCUAUCCUAUUACUCAGUUAUUCCAGUACUGGGGAUAAAUCUUAGAGAAACUCAUACAUGUACACCAGGAGACAUGUACAAGAAUGUUUAUAGCAGCCCUAUUCACAAAAGCAAAAGCCUAGAAACAACCCAAACGCCUAUGAGCAAGAGAGUGAGCGAACAAACUGGAAUGUUCACACAAUGGAAUAUUAUACAAUUGACAGAACAAAUGAACUAUAAUAAUACCUAACAGUAUGGAUGAAUCUUAGCAAUAAAAUAUUGAGUGAAAAAAAUUUAAUUCCCAAAGUGUAGCAUGGUGUCCUUUUUGAAAUAAAGUUUUUUUAAAGUUAUUAUUUAUAUAUAAUUCAUCAAUUUUAAAUGUACUGUUUAAUGAAUUUGAUAAUUAUAUAUAAUAGUAUAGCCACCAUCACCAUUAAGAUGUGGUAAAUAAUUCUAUCUCCUGAAAAGUUCCCUUGUGCUCCUUUGCACUCACCCUCCUUGCCCCAUCCCUGGUCCCAGAUAACCACUGAUCUGUUUUCUGUCACUACAGUUUUGCCUAUUUUAGACUUUCAUAUUGUAGAAGAUAGAGUUGGUUCACAGCUGGAUUGCAAAAGCUCUGUCUUUAUUGCUGAGGACACCCAGAUGUCUGGUUUUUACUCUUGGUCAAGAUAAGGGUAUUGGGAUUUAUAAUUGCUGUUUAAAGUCUGAAGCUCCUCUGGUGACCCCUAGGGUCACUCACUCUACUGAGGGUUUGCAACUGGUCUAACUAGUGUCUGGCUUGAUUACAUAGUCAGAGUAAUGUAAAAACCCUGCUGGGAACUUCUGAUUCGAGCUCUUUCAAAGCCAGGAUUCCUCACACAGAUCAUGGUGAUUCAAUCCAAAGACUUCAGGCAGUGCAGUCCAUGUGUGAAUAAGGACGGUGGGGAGCUUAUACUUGGGAUGUUUUUCAGAUUCCUGUUGUUUACCUGCCCAGUCUUUCUCUUGCUGCCCUGUGUCCUUUGUCUUUAAAUAAAAAUCUUAGUUGAC